GCGCGCUACAUGUUGGGGUAACAAAGGUUACUAUGGCGACCUCUCGCAUCCUUUGUUAAAGUAAAGCGGAAAGCUGCCCAACAGCUGCUACACGGAGCCAUGUUAUGGACGCAACGCCGCGUUACUCCUCCAUAAAACCGCAACGAGACGGGCAGACGGUAAAGAAUGCGACGGUUGCGCUCAACUGUCGACGUAACUCGCGUCGCUGGGGUCAGAAGCCGCGCUAACCAGCGCACUUUCAACCGGUUAGCGCUAGCCAACGCUAAGCUAGUUGGGACUCCGCUAGCUUAGCUCGCGCAUGACGUCUGGAAGUGACGCGUGGACACCACUCUCCGGCGAGAGGACCAUUAACUCAUUAAUUGUGUGUCUCCUUCCUUACGUGGUUGUACGCUCUUACGCCGGAUAAAGCUGCCGUUUACCGAGCUGGACCAGGCGGAACGGAGCCGAGCUGGCACGGUGACGUUACGCAGAGGAGCGUGACGGUGGGCGGAUCCGGGGCAGCCAGUCGCUGGCGAGGAGAUCUCCGUCGGCGUUUGAGCCAGACGCACUAGCAAUGACGGAUUGGAUUACUCCUGCCGGGGUCAGGAUUGUGAGCCGACAGAAAUGAUUUUAUGGAGACCACCCUACAAGGCCUGAGCUGAUUUGUCGGCCGUGUGUAGGUUUUGGUUUUCACCCCCCAAGUGUCCUCUGGACAUCAGCUGACCAUGGUGGUCUGAACAGGUGAAAAGCCGGCACAGCGAGGCUCGACCAAGAGAGCAGCAGAGACGACAAAGGAAACGCAUCUUCAUACGCAACAUGUCUCAAAACAGAGAGCUGGUGGUCUUCUACAUAAACUAUAAACUCUCCCAGAGGAACUAUCCCCUCACCCACAUGGGACUCACAGAGCCUCUGAACAGGACUGACGGGGGGGAGGCGGGGGCGGGCGAUGCCGAGGAACAGCGGGUAGCGACGCACGCUAACGGGACUUUCAAUGGCACAAGUCCCGGGACCCCACCGGCAUCCCCGCUGCGACCGCAACGGUUGCCGUCGACGACGAACCUGGACGCGGUAAAGGAGGCCCUCCGGGACUCGGCCAACGAGUUCGAGCUGCGAUACGCCCGGGCCUUCAGCGAUCUGCACAACCAGCUGCACAUCACGCCGGCCACGGCCUACCAAAGCUUCGAGAACGUGAUGGACGAGGUGUUUCGGGACGGGGUCAACUGGGGCCGCAUCGUGGGGCUUUUCGCCUUCGGCGGGGCCCUGUGCGUGGAGUGUGUGGAGAAGGAGAUGAGUCCACUGGUGGGACGGAUCAUCGAGUGGAUGACGGUCUACCUGGACAACCACAUUCAGCCCUGGAUCCAGACCCAGGGAGGAUGGGAGCGCUUCGCCGAGAUCUUUGGGCAGGACGCGGCGGCGGAGAGCAGGAAGUCUCAGGAGAGCUUCAAGAAGUGGCUGCUGGCGGGGGUGACGCUGGUGACCGGCGUCGUGGUGGUUUUGCUCAUCGGCCAGAAGCGCCUGUGAGAGGGGAAGAUGCUCGACGGGCCACCUCCCCCGCGCACUGACCACGACCCCCCCCCUCCACCCGCCUCCACCCGCCGCCCUCAACCCACGCCUGCCACGGAAGUUUAAAUCAAGGUCUCGUCAGAACUGCUGAUGAUGUUUACGUUUUGUUAUCGUUUUGCCCCCCCCCAACACACCCCACAGUGGACUAAGAAUCCUCGUAUGUUGUUGGAACUUUUGAGAAAAAGACAAAGCGGAGGAAGAGCUACUAGUAUUCGUGUGUUCAACUUAUUCCACCUCGAUGACGAAUGUGUGGUUAUCCAGAGACACUGUUCCUGCUAUCCCCCUCUCCACCGAGUCUCUCUUUAUGUUUUGUAUGCAUUAGUUUUAACAAAUUUUUGGUUUCCCCACGUUUGUCCUCAAAAGAGGCUGAAACUGACCCGGGUCUUGACCGAUGUAAGGAGCCCGUGUGUUGUUGGGUCCCCGGGCUGCUCGACAUGUCCCGCCUUCAGCUUGUUUUUGCUGCUUGUGUGUGCCAUAUGGAGGAUGUAGCACCUGCCCCCCCCCCCCCCUGCCCCUGAUGUCCUACAGUGUGACGUGAUAACGCGCUGGUGGUUCUGCCUGGGCCCCGGGCCUUCAGGCUCAUUGGUUUCGUGUGCACAGCAAAUGGGAAGGAGUCAUAACCGAGUUAGUCUUAAACGAAACGUGGCUCCUCCUGCUUGUUUGUGUUCGUUGGUGCGUUUUGGAUUCAUGAACCAUUACCCCCCCCCCCCCCCCCCCCCCCCCCCCCCCCCCCCCCCCCCCCCCCCCCCCCCCCCCUCACCUGUGCCUCAAGGUCAUACCUGGCCUUGAUCUGAUCCCCGUUUUGCGUUUGGUCAGCCUGCCGUGGGCCGGACCGCUGUGUGUUUGCGUGUGGCGAGUUCUCCGUUCAGUGCGACUGCAGUCCAGAGGCCGCUCACCACGCGGUAGCUGAGCAAUGCAGCAACUACUGUAGCAACACAUGGACCGAGCAUGGAGCACUCUUUGGGGUCGCAUGUUUGGGUGUAAUGUUUUUUUUUUUAUUUGGAAAUGCCUUAUUUUAACCCCACUGUAGAGCAUUCAGAAGCCGUAUAUAAACAUUGAAUAAAUGGUUUUGAAACACUAAUUACUAACUUAAUCAUCACUGGUGUACAAACAGUAAAUGAAUGACUGAUGAGUACACACAAGAACAAAGCCGUAAAGUGGGAUAUUAGGCGUUUAUUAACUGUGUAUACACACAAACGGCUCUUUUAGGUUUAGAAAUGGUACAUUUCCGGGGUUUAAUUAAUAAAGAAAAAAACAUUUCAUGUUGAUUUUAAAAAUGUAACGAUUACAGCCUGGCAGACACAAAUAUGUGAGGGUUUAUUAAAUCAGAUAGCUGUAACAUAAACUUAUAACACACUUCUUUUUUAUGUGGGACAUUUUACAUUUUUAGAAUCCAGCUUGUCAGUGCUCUCUGGUGGACAAAGAAACAUUGUUUAGUCAUUCAUUAUCUGGUCAUAGUCCGCUUAGAGAUGCCAAGUUAUAAUUGUUGAAAAAAAAUACAUUAAUACACACUUGAAAUAUCCUGAUAAAGGUUCACAACUACAUUACAGUGCGUUAGUAACAAUGUAUUUUCUUUUUUUUUGCUGCAAAUUAUUCAAUUGAUUCAGAAGGAAGCAGUUUUGAUAACUGGUCAAUUAUCAAACAGAAAUGGCAAAAGAUGCACUGGAUCCUUAAAUGUGAGGAUUUGCUGCUUUUCUCUCAUGUCAUGUUUAUAUAAUUGCAAAUUAAAGGUCUGUGGGUUUAAAAUAAAGUGUUGGAGUCA